AUGGAGGGCACUUUGGGUGGCUGUGCGAUGCACAACGGCUGCUUGACCAUGAACCCCAACGAUGCAGACUGGGACGAAAUCGCGAAAAUGACCGGAGACGACUCAUGGUCACAUGAGAAUAUGAGAAAGUAUCUCAUCAAGCUCGAGAAAGUGCACUACAACAGCACAUACGAGCAUGGUCACGACGGCUGGCUCGAUAUGACCAUGCUAGACCCAGGCUACACCUCCAGUGCGGAUGCCAAACAGCUCAGUGAACUCGCUGCAGAAGCCGCCGGCUACCCUGCCUCUUCCGCUUCGACGUUGCUGCAGCGCGAUAUGAAUGGUGCGCAGCCAGAUCGCGACCAGCUCGUAGGACCUUUCGGUGGUGUCAGCCACAUCAACCCCAAUGGACGCCGGUCGUCUCCGGGGUACUACGCCAGAGACACUGCUGCUUCUGGCAAAUAUCCGCUGACUAUCUCGCUGGAUACACUUGCCACGAAGAUCAUUUUCGACAAGAUCUCCCCAGGGCCACCUAGAGCAAUCGGUAUUGAGUAUCUCCAGGGCAAGAGCUUGUAUAGCGCUGAUCCUCGUUCUAAUGCCGAUGCCAAAGGCGUUGCUGGGAAAGUCUUCGCAUCUAAAGAGGUCAUCCUUUCUGGUGGCGCGUUCAACUCACCACAACUGCUUAUGCUUUCUGGGAUUGGCCCGCUCGAUCAACUCACGAAAUUCAAUAUCUCGCCCAUGGUAGAGCUACCGGGUGUGGGUAGGCAGAUGGCCGACAACUACGAGGCUGGCAUCUUGUCACUCGGUAAGCGUGCCGUUACGGGCAUGUCGGAAAUCUUCCCAAACUUCUGGAAGACGUCCACUUCGCAGCUCGGCAUUCGCGACAUCUACAUGUGGUGUGGGUCAUUCGCGUUCGAAGGUUUCUGGCCAGGGUAA